GAGACAGAGAGAGAGAGACAGAGAGAGAGACAGAGAGAGAGACAGAGAGACGCACACCCCCACACGCACACUCGCGCACGCUCCCGUACACUCCGCGCGCAGUCCCGGAGCGGUGCAGAGACGCGCAGCCGCUGGAGGAGUUCGGUGAUCGGUCGCUGGAUCCAGAAAGGCGCAGAAGCCCGACCCUCACACCAUGAUCCCCCUCUCUCCUCUCUGUCCCUGAGGAAGUGGCAGCUCCGACAGGAAAAUGAUGAUGCCAAAGCCGACCGUCCAGACGUCUCCAGGGAGUGUCCUGUCCUUAAGACCUACUGCCCCUGGGUCCCCCCUCACCAUCACUGCUCGGGUGGAUGGGGGAGUGAUCGGGUACAAGGACUUGGCAGCUCUGCCCAGAGACAAGGCCAUACUUGAGAUCGAGCGGCCAGAUCUCAUGUUGUACCAGCCGCACUACUGCUACAGCCCCAUAGAGAGUUCGCUGUCCCCAUACUCCGUGUCUCCUCCUCCCUCUCCAGAGCACAUGCUGAAGGAGACGCGUGAUUGGCUGGACAGACGCUCAGGGGGAGGGUCUUCUCCCAGCUCCACCAAUCAGAGUCGGACUCAGAGCAGCAUGUCGACGCCCACCACCUCACAGACCAUGCCCACUCCCACCCAGACGAGCACCAAGACCCCCCCACAACACUUCCAUAGACCAGAAAAUGGCACCAACAUUUACAAGAAGCCUCCGAUCUAUAAACAAGCCUCCUCCUCUCCUCCUCAGCUCAAACACAUGGAGGACUUGAUCAUUGAGUCGUCUAAGUUUCCUUCGGCUCAGGCCCCAGAUCCAAACCAGCCGUCAGCCAUCGAGACAGAGUCCUGGCCCUGCCCCCCCUCCACCGCUGUCAUAGAGCAAGAGAGUCGGAGGAGAGCAGCGGUCGCUGAUGAAGAGGAGGAAGAGGAGACGGACGAGUUCUUCAACCUCAGAGUUCGACAAACACAACAUCUCCACAAGAUCCAGGGGAACCUGGGUAAGAUUCUACUGAAGGACGAGAAAGGCUCUGCUCCAAUGAGACGCAAGAAAACACGAUCACUCCCUGAACGCACCACAGGGUCCAAAUGGUCUAAAUCUGCUCCAUCGAACACCCCAGGCCUCUCCAGGCUCCAGUCAACAGAGUUCAGCCAAUCAGACACAACUCCUGAAGAAUGGAGACAGAGGAGCCUCACUGCCCUCCAUGUUACACUACAAGGUGUUCCCGUACUCGACGCUUGUGGUGACGCACAGAGGGAGGAGCACACUGCCCCCAGAGGUCGAUCGCACUCAGCUGGAGCGCCACCUGUCUGAGGACGAGUUCUACAGCGUGUUCAGGAUGACGCUGGAGGAGUUUGACCAACUGUCGCUAUGGAAACGCAACGAGCUCAAGAAAAGAGUCUGCCUCUUCUGAACCGUACUACCCACGAUCCUCCUCUCUACAGGCUGCUAAACCAGACAGAACUGCAGCACCCACAAUGCACUGCUUCACAGGGCCCUGACAGAAUCACAUUACACACAUCCUCUGCUCCACGGGCCCCUGAUCCAGAGAAAACUAGAGCCCCCACCAUCCACUGGGCCCUUACAGAAGUACGGGUCCCACAAUGCUCUAAGCCUGCCUCAUCUGAACUGCAUCACCCACAAUCUUCUACUCUUCUGCGCCACCAGACCCAGACAGAACCACAUUGCCCACCAUUCCUCCUCUCUACAGGCCCCUAAACCAGACAGAACUACAGCUCCCACAAUCCUCUGCUUCACUGGACCCUGACAGAGCCACAGCUCCCACAAACCUCAGAGUCUGCCUCCUCUGAACAACAUUACCCAUAGCCCCCUGCUCCUCCCUUUACCACAGACUGAUGCUGUGCUCCUCGGAAACUGGACCCAGUGUUAGAAACACCCUCAGGAUUUAGAUGCCAUGAAACUGAACACCAGCAGAGGGUGCACAAACAGCAUUUUGUGUAAAAACGAAGACCAAUAAGAUGGUAGGUCAGAUUUGUCUGAAGAGGGGGUAUUUUACUUCUAUGGGGCAUUAACUGCUAACACAUAACAUAUUUAGAUAACCAUGUUUCCUUUUAUUGUUUUGAAAAUGCUAUAUUCACUGAAAUCAACAUAUUAACAUGUUUUAGAAUUUUCAACACUUACAUUUUUGAUGCUCUGAGUUUCCCUUCCCUUUGCACCCCCUUCCGACCACUAUAACAACACAAUCACCUGCAUCCCACUAAUGAAACUACUGCACAUCACAUCAGGUUUGUGAAGUUGUAGUGAACAGUUUUGUAUCAUGUUUUGGUAUAUUUAUGGAGAAUUGUCGUGUGGGAGCAUGGGUGAGGGAGGCUCGUGGGCGGAGCCUUGGACCGAAUCUUACAGCUAACUGUAAGGGAACAACAUUAUAACAUGAAAGCUAAAAGAAAAUAAUACAUUUUUCAUAAUACCCCCUCUUUAAAUAAAAAUACCCUUUAGUAGAAUAGAGGAGCUUUGGACCAAUUCCUCUUUGUUUUCGGUGAUGUCAUUAGUUCAACAUUCCAAAUAAAAGUCCUGAAUCCGAGGAGCACCUGAAUGCAGAGUCUGGCGGCUCCCUCCGGUGGACACUGUCGGCACUGCAGCUGAAUGGACUGCAGUACUUGAGGGGCAUUUUUUUGUCUCUCACUAAAGUCCAAUGCCACUAAAACCACGGGGAGCAAAGACAAGCGAUCCUAUUGGCCUGUACUCCAAUGAUGUCACAGUGAUGUCAUUGUUUUUUUUGUCAGGAUGAGGUGCGAGAGAGAAGAGUAGAGAUGCGUUGAUCAGUAAAACAUUACCAAAAUAAAAGUUAUAAUUAAUACUGGUUAGUUUUGGUCUAGUCCUGGUUUAGUUCUGGUUUAGUCUUGGUUUAGUUAUGAUUUAGUCCUUUCUGAUCAGAUCGUCUCCUCUUCUCUUUCACGUCUCUUGAGCCAGAGUCACUGCCCACAGAAACAGCAGCUAAACACGUGAGUGAAGCAUGAUGAAAAAUGUAGUUUUUAAAUGAACCCACCAGCAUCUGACCGACCAAUGAGAUUCGAGGAGCAAUUUAAACCGAAGUGUCUGGAGGUUUAAAAAUACAGACUUUUAUUUUGAAAUGGAAUUAUUUUGUGAAACAUUUAGGUUUGGGGAGAAUUGUUUUAGGAGAAAGUGAAGGUCAGUUUUAAAGAUAUUUUGUUGAAUCAGACGUAUUGCGCUUCUAUAGUAAACGUCAUCACAACAAAGCUCCGCAUGUUGUUGGCGCCCUCUAUGGAUAGCUGCACAUCACACUAGCAAGCAGCCCAUUUUUCAUAUGUACCAAAAAGAUUACGCAAUGCUGCUGAAUCCUAUCACCAUUUAAGAAAACAAAACUCAAAAAGGAACUAAGUAUGUGACAGUGGGCAUGUACGUGACAGUGAGCGUGUACUGGUGGAGGUGAAAACGGGGGUUGAUCGACAAAAUGGCGUCUUGAAAAUAAGAGAUUAAAGAUUACUCAACUUCAGAGGGUCAAUGAGAAGAAACUAUAACAUGGUGAAAAGCUCUGAAAAGUCCCAUUUGCAGAAUAGGUCUGCUUUAAUAAUUUAGAUACAGUCUAACAGUUUGGUCUUUGAGUAGUUUUGAGUCAUUUUAUUAAGACAUUUUGGCGAAUUAGGUGCAAUUUUCUAACUCCACUGUCGCCUCAUAAGCUUCCAUUUAUAUUAGUUGUAACUUCACCCAAAUUAUCUCUUACGCCAUUAUAUUUUCUGAGAUGUCGUUUUUGGGGAUAAAAGUGCAUGUGGCAGGUCAGACUACUCGUUUCACUACAACAUAGUUUACAUUAUAUUUAAACUAUGUUGUAUUUGACUAAAAACCUUGUCUGAUAUUUUCUAGCUUUGUAAUUUUGGUGAAGUUUAUAAUUUUACUUCGUGGUUGGACACGGCAGCAGAUGUGACAUACAUAGGGGUAUUUCCAUAACUGUUACCUAGCAACCAUAAUGUAAACAAGGGAUUAGAUUAAACAACAGUUAUGAUUAGACUAAUAAAAAUAUAAGACAGCACAUUUAUUUAGUUCAAUAAAGGUUUUAAGUGUCAGAAAAAUAUCUUCCUCGUGGUUAAACUGUGUCGGUGUUUUGGAUGGAGGGGUUCUAUCUUAGGAUCAGCACCUUUUCCUGUAAUUUUGUACUUUUCUUCUCAUCUUUUUCUCCUAAACUGCCACUAAACUGAUGUAAAACUGUCAGAAAUAUUUAGCACAGGUUCUAUCCACCAAACCAAGUCAGAAUUAGAAAAACAUUAAUUACUCUGUAGGGAUGAUGCUUGAAUUAACCAAUCAGAACUAACCAUUUUCAGUGGGAGGGGCUUUAAAACCGACUAAAAUAUUGUACUUUCUUUAGUUUUUAUCAUUGUUGUUUCGUUUCAGUUAAUAAAUAACCUCUGGACGUGUUCUUAAACUUUGUACACAGCAAUAGAAAAACACACCUUUAAUCGCUUCUUCCGCUGAGCGCUGCCAAAAUAAAGCCGUGAGCAUCAAUCACUUUACUUUUAUUUUGAAAUGUUGGCGAUUUUUUUUUCUUUACAAAGAUGUUUCUUUGCUUUGUUCUGACUGGCUGAUGUGAAGUGGAAAACAGGAAGUAGUUGGCGCCAUGACGACACAAAGAUUGUUUUGCUUUUUGUACAUUUUGGAGUAUUUUAUUUUGAAGAGGCGUUUCCUGUCUGAAGCUGUGUUAUUGUGAAAAACAGGAAUUAAAAUAAAUUGCAUUUUUAAACA